AAGAGAAAAGAAGAAGAAAAACAGGAGGGUAUUUUUGUGCAUCAACCAAAAGAAAUCGAGAAUGGGAAAUUGCUGAGUCGAAUAAUCAGUGGGUUCCAAAUGGAGAGGCAACAGCAGCGUCGACUCCGGUUGGAGAGGCAUGGGCUUAGGCCUAAGCUGAGAGUUGUUUUCAAUUCCAGAAAGGUCUUCAGAUCUCUCCUCAUUGGACUCGCCCUCAUCGCCAUUCUUCCCCCUAUUUACUUCCACUUUCGUCUCCGAACAUUCCAUCAGAUGCAAUCACAGAAAUGCAGUUGGCUGCGCAGUAUUCCUCUGGUCUGUGCCCAUGGUGGUGAUUCGUCGAAGGCCUUUCCCAACACUAUGGCUGCAUACCAAACUGCUCUUAAUUCUCAGGCUGACUGCAUUGAAGUUGAUGUUUCUCGUUCUUCAGAUGGCGUGUUGUUUGCCCUCCAUGACCGGGAUUUGCAACGGAUAACUGGGACCAACAAUUCUAAAGUUUCAUACCUUAGCUCAAAGGAGAUUAAAGAGCUAGAUGCAGUUCAUCAGCUUAAGUUGGAGCAUCAUGAUCUAACUGUUCCAACACUUGAAGAUGCAUUAAAGUUGAUAGCAGGUUCCGUCCGGCAAGUAAUUCUUGAUAUAAAAGUUGGUCCCCCGUCAUAUGAGAAAGAAUUUGCAAAGGAUCUUCUUUCUGUUGUUGACAAUACAGGCUGUAAGAAUUGCCUUGUAUGGGCUAAAAGUGACAGUUUUUCAAGAGACGUGAUGAAACUGUCAUCAGAUGUUAUGUGUUGUGACAGGCGAGCGCCAUCUCGCCAAAGGCGAGAGGCGUGGCGAGGCGUGGCUCUGCCGCCUUUUAGGGCUGUGGUGAGCUCACCUUCAAAAGGCGCGCCAAAGGUGCUAAUGGCGCCGAGGCGAGGCGACAGUGGGUAUUUAAAAUAAAAAAGCAAUUAAAAGUUGAAGACUUAAAUGAAAACAACAGCUAGGGUUUUUUUGCCUUCUCCUCUCUUCUCCUUCAAGCUUUUCAGGUACGCUCUCUUUCUCCUUCUUCUUCUUUCUUCCUCCUCUGUUUUCUUCUUCUGUUCUUCUUUUUUUCCGGCGACUCUGUUUCCGGCGACUUCUGCAAUUUUUAUUUUUUUCCUUCUUCUAUUCUCUUCUUUUUCUGUUUUUUCUCCUCUGUUUUAUUGUCCUCUUUUUUUUUUUCUUUUUCUAAUUUCUCCUCUGUUUUUUUUUUUCUCAACUGCCAGUGAGGCAGUGACUGUUUUUUCUCCUCUGUUUUUUUUUUGUUCAAUAAUUAUUGAGUCAUUGACUUAUUCAAGUUCUAAACUUUUAGUAUCUAUUAUCUACUUUUAAUUUUUAAAUUGAAAUAUUUGCUAAUAUGUUAUUGCUAGUGAGAUUUUGAUUAUUUAUAUAUGCAAUUAAAUAUUUAUUUAUUUGGUAUUUAUUGGCGCCGCACUUCAAAAAGGCGAGCGCCUCGCCGCUCGCCUCGCCUUAAGGCGAGGCAGGCCCUUGUUGCCUUUUGUCGCCGCGCGCCGUCCAAAACACUGGGUUUUCCUUAAAAUUGUACUCUCUCCGUUCCAAAUUAGGUGUCUCAGUUGGUUUAGACACAACUAUUAAGGGCAAAAUUGGAUUCUAUCUUAGCUGUAUGAAGACCCCAGAGGGGGGGGGGGGGGGGGGGGGUUGUGUUUCCAAAAGUGAGUUAAAGUUGAUUUCUUGAAAAAAUUGAGUAUCUUUAGAACGGAAGUGGGUCCAAUAGUGCCUGUUUGAUAAUAGCAUGACACAAAAGUAUUGACAAUGAGAGAAAAAGCCUCCAUGAAAGUGGAGUUGAUUUUUGGACAACUGAAAGUAGAAAUUAACACAUUUGCUGGCCUAAUGCUUAAAACUAAAACAGUAGCUUGACUAGCAUACACUAAAUUUGCUGUUGGUUUACCAACUCAUGUUACAUCAUAAAAUUUGCUGGCUCAAGUGUUAUUCCUAUAUAUUCCGUUCUAGAUAAGUUGAACUGAUCGUAGCUUGUUUUAUGUGAGGGUGAUGUUUGGUGGUCUGCAGGUAGGUUACACUGUCAUGAUAGACCUUUCAACAGGAACUAGAAUGAAGCUAUUAAGAAUGAGAGGUGCUGCGGUUGUUGGUGUUUACCAUCCUUUAAUUGAUGAGAAUCUCAUGAAAAUCC